UCUUUGGACCAUUAGGUUCGACCCCCUCCGCCCCUCGCACAAAUGUGUGGAGGCACUGCGGCACAUUGCGCACACUUGCGGGCAAGCGUGGCUCUGCGUUCAAAGGGAGAGCGGAAGACGGGAGGAGGGGAAGACUUGCCAAGAGGGAGGGGAGGUCGGUUUCCUUUCCCCCCCAGCACACGCCGCUAGAACACGCCGGGAGAGAGAGAACGCACUCUUGACGCAGGCAAGGAACACAACCGCGAAGGAAAAACAACCGCGUACGUCGUCAGCUUUUCUUCCGUGCAGGUGGACACUUGCGGACUAUUAUGGGGGCAAGAGAGCGCUCCUGACCGGGCUCGACUUGCCGCGAACAGCCGCUCUUGUGGUUCAAGUCUACGAGGAAACAUAGGCGACAUGUUCAGGGGCUUUUUCGUCUUGAGCUUGCGGUAGGAUGUUGUGUCUCUUAAACGAGCGGCACUCACUGUAAAUCGAAGGGGGAAAAGAGGCAUAUCCCUAAUGGACAUUUUGGCGGUAGGCAGCCAUUUGUUGUGAUCGCUGCUGAUUUAUGUGAUUUGUUAUAAUCGGACAUAGCAUAGGCCUCUUAGAAAGGCGGCGACGCCGUAAACAGUAGGCGCUAUAUUUAAAUAUCUUUACCGUGCAAAUUCACGUUUAUUUAGUUUAUAUUUGGCAGAGGCUCGUUGAAAGGCCUAUGCAUUUUAAGUACUUAAUUUAACCUCCAGUUACAAGCACAAAGUGAGAAAACCACCCUGGGCCAUCUGAUAACCUAAAUAAGGGAGAAAUAAGAAUCAUCGUUUUUAAAUGUUAAUGUCGACCGACGUUACAUCUAUCAUGCUGCCCGUGUCCCGUGGACUUUUGGAGCGGGAUAGAGAUCUAGACGCCCUGGCCGGAGUGCAUCCCAACGCGGGCGGCGCUUCCUCUGCUGUCCGGGGAAUGAAGCGAGGAGACCCGGAGCCCGAUGGGCCGACCGCGGCCUCGCUGAUCGACACGACAGGGGCUGAGUGCAAGCGCCCCCGAAUGGAUGGGUCGGGAGGGAUCGGCGAGGUUGGACAGAAUAAUGACCCGCUGACCCUCGGUUACCAUGGAUACCCAUCUCACGGUCAGGGUUCCCAGGAUAGUACUUCUGGUCAGGAGGGACUUGUACCUCCGCCUUUCGCAGCCUUCCCUCCUCCUCCUCCGCCUCCUCCGCAGAACGGCCUUGCCCUGGAUUACGGCGGCAGCCUGUAUGCAGCGAGCGCGGUGCAGGGCCCCGUGGAAGCCGGCGGAGCAGUGAACAGUGUCGUCAAUGUUGUCAACAGCCUCAGUGGCCAACAGUCAGAUGGCUCCUCACAGAUUGAUGGCCAGUCAGGCUCAGGAGGAGGAGGUAGCGGCAGCGGGGGAAGCAUCGGAGAUGAUUCAGACGCCAAGGGGACACCCAAACGCCUCCACGUGUCCAACAUUCCCUUCCGCUUCCGAGACCCUGACCUGCGGCAGAUGUUUGGGCAAUAUGGCAAAAUUCUCGAUGUCGAGAUAAUUUUCAACGAGAGAGGGUCCAAGGGCUUUGGUUUCGUAACAUUCGAGACGAGCGCCGAUGCUGAGAGGGCCCGAGAGAAGCUUCAUGGCACACUGGUGGAAGGACGUAAGAUUGAGGUCAACAAUGCUACAGCCAGAGUGAUGACCAACAAGAAGAUGACGACCCCGUAUUCCAACGGAGAAGGUCUUGCAGCUUUACCAUAUGCUGGUUGGAAGUUAAGUCCUGUGAUGGGAGCCAUGUACAGUCCUGAACUCUACACGGUGCCAGGGUUUCCGUACCCAGCUGCAGCGGCAGCGGCCGCCUCCACGGCCGCGGCGACCUUCCGCGGUGCUCAUCUGCGGGGUCGUGCGCGGCCCGUCUACAGUGCGGUCAGGGCGGCUGUGCCACAACCUGCCAUCCCCACCUACCCUGGCGUGAUGGCCUAUCAGGAUGGGUUUUACGGUGCCGCUGAUCUUUAUGGAGGCUACGCUGCGUACCGUUACGCCCAGCCGACGGCCGUAGCCACACCCGCAGCUGCGGCGGCGGCGGCUGCAGCUUACAGUGACAGCUACGGACGAGUCUACACAGCUGACCCCUACCAUGCUGCACUUGCCCCAGCUGCUUAUGGUGUUGGAGCCAUGGCCACGCUGUACAGGGGGGGCUACAGUAGAUUCACCCCUUAUUAAAGACACUACAAUCCCCAGGAGCUCUUGCUGCGAGUUAAUCUGAAAGUGCUCCCUCUGUUGUUGUGAAAGUGCACUGCACCCAGCUUGGACUCAACCGCACCAAGUUCCCAUCCCAGAGAAGUCCCAAGUUUUCUUAUAUACACAGAAAUAGAGGAAUGCUGUAUCAAAGACUGACGGGUGGCCUUUGCAUUAAAAAGAAAAAUACGAAGAGAAAAAAAAAAACAAGGCAAAAGUAGCCACCUUCCCUUAUUGCACGGCUGUAUUAUAGUCCCCCUUUUCAAUCCUUCCGCACUCAGCAGCACAAGACUUGUGAUGGAGCCCAGAUGUUCUUCCAAAGGCUGUUUCCUUUUACCGAUGAAUCUUUUGUCCGACGUCUUUGAGAAAGACACGCACGCUCAAGCUCAGCUGUGGCAGUAGGACGCGAGAAACAAAACUCGCUGAUGGAUUGUGACUAGUAAAGGAGAGGAUUCCCAUUCCCACCGUGUGCCGGCGGGACACAGAGACUGAACUUGGCAGCUUGAAAAGAUGACUGAAAGCUGAGGGAAGGGAGGCUUUCUAAGCACUGGUCCUUACCUCAAGUUUUCUCACUAUACGGAAACGGUGAACCUUUAAAUUAUGAUAUGCAAAUAAAUUAGUUUAGAGUCAAAGUUACCAAAUUUAUAAUCAUUGCAAUUAGUAUCCUGAUUGUUAAUUUUUCCUUUCUUUUUUUCUUUUCUCCCCCCACCCCCCUUGACGUCAGCUACACUUUGCUAGCUAAGUAUUGGUCCAAUGUGCUCUCAUCCAAAAUUUGGUAGGAUAGAAAAAAAAAAAAAAAAGAAAUAACAGAAAAGCUUACUAACUCCCUCUUUCCCCAAAUAAGGGUCAUGUUGUGGUUUAGUGACUCAACUGUUUUAGGGUUAAGGCUUUGUUAUUUGUACAAGUGCGUUAUUUUCAAUCAAAAGCAUUUUAUCGACAAAUACCUAAUUCAAAUAUCUAUAACAAAUAAUACCGUAUUUUCACGACCAUAUGGCACACCGUAUUCAAAGGCGUAGCAUCAGUUGCGGGUGCUAUCUCUGUAUUUAACACAUACACAAGACGCAUUGUAUUAUAGGACGCAGGCAUGAUAAAAAUCCGGUAGCAUGCAUGCACAGUAGCGUAUGUUUUUAAAAAGGCAGCGGUUGUACUUUCUUGAAGUAUAUAACAAUAUAUUCACAUCCUUUUUCUGAUCAAUCCUCAUCCUCAAAUCUUGUGUGUCCAAAAUGAACAGCUAGGUCAAUUCACAAUCCCUCGCGUCAUUGUCGAAGUCAGUCUCGUUGCCGUGCGGCUCUUCAGAAAUGACAAUUUCAUAAAACGAAAGCACGAAACACGAUGUAUUAAUUGAUCUUGAAUUCUCUCGUGCUCAAUUCCCACGGUCCUUCACGUAACUGAUAGCUUCGGGAGCGUGUGCAUUGUUUAGCACAAUGCACGUACUGUACACGCCUACUGUGGGCAUGCCUUUAGCAUCCUCUUUCACGCCAACUUGAACGCCCGCAUGCUGUCCUCAAUUACACCCGCCUUUCCUCUAUAUAAGUAGCGCGUCGGCACAUCGGUCAGUCAAACGGACACCUCAUCAAAGUCACACAACAGCAUUUACAGAUUUUGGAACUCGGUGCAUACGCAAGGCGACCCGCAUUAUUAGGCACCCCGUCCAUUUUGGAGAAAAUUGAAGAGUUUUAAGUGUGCCUUUUGGUCGUGAAAAUACCAUAUUAUAGCAAAUAUAGCAAUUAGUACGGGCUCCCUCGCAGAAGGUUAGAUCUGCUUUUUCUUAUCAUUCUUCUGGACAUCAGGUGGGUGGUUGUAUUACAGGACGUUGUUAAGAAGCUUUUUGCUCCAUUCGGCAAGAGAGCAGCACCUCACUCCACUUGAAUUAUUAGCCAUACAGAGGCCGUGCCCACUUGCCAGAUGGUGUUUGUUGUGAAAAAGACAUCUCCCGUGACGUAGCGAUAUCAGUCAUACGUAGUGAAGGUACUUAGGCUACUUGCAACCACCUACUGGUGCCAUCUGAAGGGAGAAAUGAGAUUUAUUUUUUUUUCUAUGAUCAAUUGUGGCAUGGCAUCUAUUCGACAAUAACAAAAUGAAGCUGUACGGAGAUAUUUAACCACUCGUUAAAAUCUAACUCAAGCAAGGCAAAUUUCUGCUUCGACUGAUGAGUUUGUUUUUGUAUGAGAUCCUACUAAAUCCUCAUUGGAAUAUGUGGAGGCCGUAAGAAGUGAAAAUAAGCACCUGUAAAGUAAUCUUGCCUCUUGGCUGUAUUUCACAUCUUUAGAGUACGCACACUUCUGUGCAUAUGCCACGACGCAUAAAAACUGCAACACUAAGCCAACGGCACCAUUAUUUGGAGUAGUUUUUAUGUUUUUUGAUUUGCUUUGAAUCAACUAUUUCAAGUAUUCAACAUGUAGACGGUAGAUUGUUCCCUCAGUCCCUAUAAUUAACGAGCAACAUCACCAAUACCGAUUAAGUCUUCCUGUAAAACAACAUAGGUUAUAAUUGUGUGUGAGAGAGAGAGAGAUUCCUGUCAAGUUCAUGGAGAAAAAAAAAAUCUAAUAAAUGCAAAACAUCUUACUAUUGUGCAUAUUUCUAUACUAUUCUAUAUUUCAAAAUGUGGCUUUUUUUGGCUUUUUGUUUUUGUUCCAAAGAUUUGUAGAAAGCACAUUUUUUGGAAUAAAUGUAUAAAUAUAUUAUCUAUGUUAAUGUCAUAAUCUUGGAUGAUCCCGUUGCUGUCUUUAUUUACUUUUGUCUUCUUUUUUAUAUCCGCAAGUGUUGUUCCUCCUAAAAAGGUGCAAGUUAAAUUUCAAGCUUUUAUUAUUAUUAGUUUUUGUUUUUAAUUUUUAUUUUUGUUUUGGGUUUUUUUGUUUUGUUUUGUUUUUUUUGCGUGAAUGUCUUGAUAAAAUCAUACCAAGAGGAGAACUAAUGGUAUGCAUGUAACACUAGCAGACUGUUGUUUUUGUUUAUGGGAUUAUUUAGCGUGCUAUUUGAACAUGCAUCACAAUAUACCCAAUGUUAUUUUCCUCAUCUCUACAUUUUCAGGUGAAAAUGAAUGAGUUGGUGGAAAGCACUACUUUGGUUCAAUUCAAUGUCACAUUUUGUCACUUCAUUUCAAUUGUGCAAAUCUGCACACAUCAGGUAGUUUUAAAUUGUGUGAAACCUGGCAGAUUUCUCUUUUUUUUUUUUUAAUAUGCUGCUCAUUAAAAAAAAGUAAUUUCUUCAUUAAAUAUCUCCAUUCAGCUAUAGAAUGUGCGCUGGACUGUAUACACACACACACACACACACACACACGCACACAAAAAAGGACCAGCCAAAGAUGCUAACAAGAGUCCACAGCACAUUCUAGUUAACCAACUGCAAAAUGCUCUCAAAUGUGGUUAGUCAAGGCAUGGAUAAACCAGCAUGAGCGAUUACUUGUCAAGUCUAACAAAAAAAAAAAAAAUUGUAGUUUUGCAUGAAACUUGUGUCUUUUGUAUUUGACAUUUGAGACAUUUGCAUCUUUCAUCAUUUAAAUUAACACCAUGACUGAUGACAGCUUGCGGUCAGGACCCUAGUAAAUACUAGCACAGGGUGGCAGCCUGGAGAUUUAUU